AUGUCAGUGUCUAUAUAAGUGAUGAAUUUACUAGCAUACUUGAACACUUUUUGUCGAUGUCCCAAAGAAUUACUGAAUUAAAUCUUAGUUUGUUUUUAGUAUUAUAAUUUUUAUAUUACUGAAAAUAUUGCUGAAACUAUUUAAAAAAAAUGCCAAGAUAUUGUAAAAUUAAGCCUUAAUCUGCAUGAGCUAUUCCCUAUGACUGAAUAUAAAAAUACUUUAAACAAUUGUCUAAAACUUACUUCAUUAGAAUUAUUAUUUAAUGGUAUAAAGUUAGGCAAUUAAAUAAUACAAGGCAUUUUAAAGUAAACAAGAGGAAUAUGUGAAAAUUUAAAGGAAUUUAAUCUUGGUUUAAAUGAUAAUUUAAUAACUGAUGAAGGAGUUUAGGCUAUCGCAAAGGCUUAUACUAAUUUCAAGAGCAUAACUAAAUUUCGACUUUAUUUAAAGAAAAAUAGAAUCACUUUAAUGGGAGCUUCAAAACUUGUAGAUGCUUUAUAAAAUAAUAGAAAUAUUUAAUCACUAGAUUUAGAUUUAAAUGACAAUUGUAUAAAUAAUGAAGAACUAAAGAAUCUUUAUAAUACUUUAUAACAAAAUUUGAAAAAUCAACUAAUUAAUUUCUGUGACUAUGAUAAUGAAGAAGCAGAUAAAUUUUAAGAAUAAUUUUAGCCUGCUGAUAGAACAUAAAAGAACUUAAGCUAUUAAAAGUCUGAGAAACCUCAAAAAUAUCUAGAUUAAAGCAAAAAUUUUGCUUAAUUAAAUAUAACUUCAAGUAUCUACAAAGCCUCUAAUGCAAACCAUUUUAGAAGUUCAAAUCAAUUAAACGAGAUUACUCCAUCAGAAUUUUAAAUUAGUUGGCAAAAUGUUUAGAAGGCUACAGCUCUAAAUAUUGCUCAAUAUUUAUAAACAAAAUAAUAAAGUUAAUUCGAACUAAAUCUAGUGUGUAUUACUAAAGAAGAUUCCCUCAUCAAUAACUAAUUUUAUGCCAAUAGUUUUACAUUUGGUGAAUUAUAGAGCUAAGAACAGAGUGAUAAAUUGCAAUCAUUUUUUCUUGAUAUAAAUUUCAAUAUAAUCUCUUCAGAAACAGCUUAAGUUUUUAAAAAUAUGUUGCAAAAGUUCAAAAGUAAUAUUAAAUUAAAUUCAUUCAAAAAUAAUUAUGACUUUGAAAAUUUAAUGAGUUCUAUAGAUAAAUCUUUUGUAAACAUAUUAAAAAUUGAUCUAUGCUAAUUAGGAAAAAAUAUUUUUUAGGAGGGAGCUUAAAAGAUUAGAAGUUAUUUAGAAAAUUACUAAUAUACCACUAAAUUAAAUCUUUGUUUAAGUAAAAGCUGUAUAUUCGAUGAAGUAACUCAAAUGAUAGCAAAAAGAUUGGAAAAAUUUGAAGAAAUAACUGAAUUAAGUCUCAAUUUAUCAUAAAAUAAAAUUGGUAUUUAAGGAGCUAAGUAUAUUUCAAACGCUAUUAAACACUUUAGAAAGGCCAUUAAAUUAAAUAUUGAUUUAAAUGAUAAUCAUACAUAAGAUGAAGGAGUUUAAUACAUUACAGAUGCUUUAUAAAAUUGUCAAAAUAUUACCAAAUUUAAACUUUCCUUAAGGAAUAAUUUAAUUAGCGCAACAAGCACUAAAAAUAUUGCAAAUUUAUUGAAAAAGCUCAAAAUGCUUUCUUAAUUGCAUCUUGAUUUAAGUUAGAAUGAUAUUUAAGAUGAAGGAGCUAAAAUUAUAGCUAGUGGUUUGAAAUAUUGUGUAAAUGUGACUCAUUUAAAACUUUUUUUAUAGUAAAAUAAUAUUUCAAGUAAAGGAGCUAAGAAUAUUUCUAAGGCUUUGAAAAAAUGUAAUGAAAUCACUGCUUUAAAUAUAGAUUUUGAAAAAAAUAUAAUCGAUGGUGAAGGAUUUAACAGUGUUUUUAAAGUUAUAUUUAAAUUUUAAAAAAUCACUCAAGCUAGUCUUAAUUUUAAUAAUAAUAAAAUUGACGAGAAUGUAUCUUUAAAUAUGGAAAAUAGUGAUGAAUAAUCCGAUUAUAUUACUUAAUUUAGUCUUGAUUUGGGAAAUAAUGAAAUCAGUCUUGAGUAAACUUAGAAUAUAACAAAUUUUCUAAAGAAAUGUAAAAAUCUAUAGAAACUAAAUCUUAACUUUGAAAGAUUUUUUGAAAAUGCUUUUUUUGAUGACCAAAUUUAAAUAAUAGCAAAUUUCUUGUAAAAUUGCCAAAAUCUUACUGAAAUAAUUCUCAAUUUAAGGAAUAAUUAAAUUUCUGAUGAGGGAGCUAAGAAUAUUGCUAAUGCUUUGACAAAAUGUUAAAAUCUCACACUUUUAAAUCUCGACCUUUCUGGAUACAAACAAAUUUCUCAAGGUAUAAUCAAUAUUAUAAAUGCUUUGGGAAAGUGUCAAAGAAUUAGCAAGUUAAAUUUAAGUUUUGGUUAAGACUUUUAAAAGAGUGAUCUUGCUAAUAUUUUUGCAGAUUCUUUGGCAAGUUGUGAUAAUAUUAGUGAAUUAAAUCUUGAAUUUGAAGAAAGGUUAAAUUCUUACUUUGCUAAAAGUAUUUACAAAGUGUUGCAAACAUGUUAAAAUGUUACUCAAUUAUCUCUUAAAUUCAUUCCUUUUUCAAGUUUGAUGAAAUGCAUAGAUUUUGAACCUUAUGAUUUUGAGAAUAUCUCUAGUUAAUUAGAAAAAUUAUAAAAUAUUACUAGACUGGAACUUGCUUUUAUUAAUUCAUAUAUUGGUGAUGAAGGAGCUUAUUAUUUCUCAAAAGCUUUUGAGAAAUGUUAAAAUAUUACUUAGCUAAAACUUAAUUUUCACAACAAUCUUAUCUAAAAUGAAGGAGCGAUAGCAAUCUCAAAUGCUAUUAUAGAAUGUUAAAAGAUUACGAUGUUAAAUCUUGAUCUGAGUGAGAAUAAAAUAUAAGAUGAUGGAGUUAAAAGUAUUUCAGAAGCUCUAAAAAGAUCCCAAAAUAUUACUUAGUUAUAUAUUGAUUUGAGCUUUAAUGAAAUAUAUGAUGAAGGAACUAAAUAUAUUCAAGAUAUUGUGAUAAGUUGCAAAAAUAUUACAGAAUUAUACCUUAAUUUAGAUGAAAAUUGGAUGAGUGAUGAAGUAAUUAGUAAUCUAAUAAGGACUUUAGAAAUAAGUCUAAACAUCACAAAAUUAUAUUUUUUUCUAAGAAAUGAAUAUAUUAACGAUGUCUCAGUAUGCUAUAAAUGA